CCAGAAGAAAGAUCAACCGUAAAAGGACUGUCUUACGGGCUACGGCUGCCGGCAAAAAAAGAGACGUAUUUUCCCCCACCAAAACACAGAGAAAGAGAGAUGUCGGCCAAUGAUCCGCGACAGCCAGCGGCCGCGAAACCCUUCGUCCCGCCGGUGGUUUCGCCGGAGGAGAUGCCCGUCGAUUACUCAGGCUUCCUCGCUGUCCUCUUCGGCAUAGCCGGCGUCAUGUUCCGGUACAAGCUUUGCUCGUGGGUUGCCCUAAUUUUUUGCGCCCAGUCGCUUGCCAAUAUGAAGAACAUUGAGAAUGACCUGAAGCAGAUCUCCAUGGCCUCCAUGUUUGCAAUUAUGGGAUUGGUGAAUAACUACAUGGGGCUUGCUCGACCCGGCACGAAAGCUUGAUAGUUAAUUUGCGCAGGAGGGGAAAUGGGUACUAGCAUGUCUGCAGAUCGUUUUUUUUUUUUUUUUUUGAACCGAUACAUGCUCAGAAUAUUUUGGCAGGGCCAAAUUGCACCAUUAGUCACUGUCUUUAAAACUUCGUUCAUGUUUGCAUAAAAGAAAAAGAGCAAACAUUUCCUAGUGUAACCGCUACUGGCCUUGCACCUUCGUCGUUUCACCAUUAGUAGUUGUUUGGCCAGCUCUGCUAAAUUAAUACUACAAACUAUUGGCUUCGACGAUAGCUUUGACUGUUGAGUAGGUGACUGGUAUUUUGGUGUACCGAUGAAGAGCUUUAACCUCGGCUUCGACGAUAGUCAGCGUCCUUGCCGUCGUAAAGCUUUUCAGUGUAUUGGUAGAGUACGUAGGCGAAAGGAACGUCACAGGUGGUUUUGGUCUCCGUCCUAAUUAUUUUCACCUGUUCUGUACAAGGUUUCAUACGAUACGAGUCAUAGUACGAUGAUCUUGCCCGCUGUCGCCGAACUGUCGUCGCGUCUCCUGGAUCCUCGGUGAUUUCUUUGGAGUGUUGGCUUGAGCUUUUGAGUUCUCCUUCCAAGCUUAACUCAACUUUGCCGCCUAUCUUCCAACCAUAAGAGUUGGUCCAAGAGAUUAUAUGGCUCUGUCUUCCCUGUAUGCUAGCCAUGGUUUUACGAGUCUACACAAUAAAUAAAAGUCAAAUAAGAAAACUUGAAGUCUCAU